GGCAGGAACAAAAAGUGAAUGCACGAUGACAAGAUAGUUGUAACUAUAUAUAUUUUAAAAUAGGUUUAUUAUGCACGUUUCAAUAACUACUUCUGACAUAGAUGAUGUUGCUAUUCAGCUGAAGUAACUGUUGCUCGUAUGAUGCACUUACAAUAAAUUGUAGACUACAAAAAGAAAGUAAUAUACCCAACGAUAUAUGUUGGAGUAUGACUCACACUAGUGUGUCAAUUUUUUACACUUCUGUAAACUAUGUUUUUAUAACUAGUUUCCCGUUUGUAUAAAUUAAAAACUUGAUCAAUCAUGAAUGUGCAGAAAUUGCAUCGUGGGAACGAAACAUUAAUUUCUUUACAGUCUCCUUUAUUACAAGCUAUAUUUUUUGGAGAUAUAGACGAAGUUCGAGCUUUAUCAAGAACAGAGGAUGUCAAUUGGAAAGAUAGAAAGCAACGUUCUCUUUUACAUGCAGCUGCAUACAAAGGAGAUGCAUUAAUAGCUGAAACACUUUUAAUAAAUGGAGCUGCAGUCAAUGCUAAAGAUAAAGAAUGGUUGACUCCAUUGCAUAGAGCAUGUUGCUCAGGGAAUCAUAAUGUAGUAGAAGUUUUAUUACGUCAUAAAGCCGAUGUCAAUAUCAAGGAUCGUAGUGGGCAAACCCCUUUACAUGUAGCAGCAGCAAAUAAUGCUGUACAAUGUAUAGAAUUGAUAGCACCCUAUUUAAGAGACAUUAAUGUAGCAGACAGAGGUGGCAGAACAAGUUUGCAUCAUGCGGCUUACAAUGGACACGCAGAAGCAACAGAAUAUCUGAUUCAAAUUGGUAGCGUGGUAAAUGCUUCGGAUAAACAGGACCGUAGACCUUUGCAUUUUGCAGCAUAUAUGGGCCAUGAUGAAAUUUUAAAGACACUCAUAGCAAGAGGAGCAGAUAUAGAUGUUGGAGAUCGAGAUUUAUAUACCCCAUUACAUGCAGCUGCAGCUUUUGGUAACGUAAAAUGUAUGCAUACGUUAAUUGAAUUUGGUGCAGAUAUUGAAGCAAAAAAUGUGUAUGGAAAUACUCCUCUACAUAUUGCGUGUUUAAAUGGUCACGCUGAUGCGGUUGUGGAAUUAAUGAAUAAUGCUGCAAACGUUGAGGCUGUAAACUAUCGGGGGCAGACACCGUUACAUGUUGCCGCUGCCAGUACUCAUGGUGUUCAUUGCUUAGAAAUACUUUUACGUGCAGCUUUAAGAAUAAACGUUCAGUCGGAAGAUGGACGUACGCCUUUACACAUGACAGCAAUCCAUGGUAGAUUUACUCGAUCGAAAAGUUUACUGGAUGCAGGAGCACUGCCAGAUACUAAAGACAAAAAUGGAAACACUGCUUUACAUGUAGCUGCUUGGUUUGGUCAUGAAUGCUUAACUACAACACUGUUAGAGUAUGGUGCAUCUCCAGCAGCACGCAAUUCUGAACAGCGUACGGCGUUGCAUCUUAGCUGUUUGGCAGGACAUAUUGAGGUCUGUAGGAAAUUGUUGCAAGUCGAUAGUCGACGUAUAGAUUCGAGAGAUAUCGGUGGUAGAACACCUUUACAUUUAGCAGCGUUCAAAGGAUCUGUGGAUUGUUUAGAUUUAUUAUUAUCUAGUGGAGCUAAUUUUCGAUUAACUGAUAAUGAUAACAGGUUGGCACUUCAUCAUGCAGCCAGUCAGGGUCAUUAUCUUUGCGUUUUUACUUUGGUCGGAUUUGGAAGUGAUUCUAACGCACAAGAUGUAGAUGGUGCGACUCCUUUGCAUUUAGCUGCAGCAUCAAAUCCAACAGAUUCUGAUGCUCAAUGUGUACAGUAUUUACUGAAACAUAGAGCGGAUCCACGUUUACGCGAUAAACGUGGUUUCACUGCUAUUCAUUACGCAGUAGCAGGAGGAAAUCAGCCAGCUUUAGAAGCUCUGUUAGAAGCUUGCCCACCAGGAAAUUUACCAAUAUCGUCCAGUUCUACAGGGAAACCGGAACCUCCCUUACCGGCACUAACACCUUUACAUCUUGCGGCAUAUCAUGGACAUAGUGAAAUACUGAAUUUAUUGUUACCAUUGUUUUCUAAUACCAAUAUUAAAGAAGAUACGGGUAAAACACCAUUGGAUUUAGCGUCAUACAAAGGCCACGAACAAUGCGUUCAGUUAUUAUUAAAGUAUGGAGCCUGUGUAUUGGUUCAGGAUUCUAUCACAAAACGUACACCAGUUCACUGUGCAGCUGCAGCAGGACAUUUUAACUGCCUAGUACUUCUUUUGGAAAAUGCAGAAGACUCGAGCGUACUUAAUUGUUAUGAUGCUAAACAACGUACCCCUUUAACGCUGGCAGUGGCAAAUAGUAAUCCAGAGUGUGCUACAUUACUUCUGAAAUACAAAGCUGACUGUAAUUUGCCAGAUAUAAAUAAGCAUACGCCAUUAUUUCGAGCAGUCAUUAAAGAACGUGAUCAUCAAUUGGUAGAAUUAUUAUUAUCACAUGGUGCACAAGUGUCGGUGCAAGACACAAACGGCAAAACCCCUUUACAUUUAGCUGCUGCGUGUGGAAGGGUGAAAGCAUUAGCUUCUCUUAUUAAAGCUGAUUCUACAGCUGCUACUUUGAAAGACGAUCAAGGUUGUACUGUUCUUCAUUGGGCUUGUUACAAUGGUAACUCCAACUGUGUGGAAUACUUAUUGGAACAAAAUGUAAUCGAUUCAUUAGAAGGUGAUCCUUUCUCAGCUGUCCAUUGCGCAGUAUAUCAGGGAUCAACGCAUUGUUUGGAAUUGCUAGUAAACAAAUUUGGAGGAAAGACAGUUGCUGCUCCAAGAGAUGUCCCAGGUGGUCGGCUACCUUUACAUGUCGCAGCUAGUUCAGGAUCUGUAGAAUGUGCCAGGCUUAUUUUAAGCUCUGUCGGGCCUGAAUUAGCUGGACUUGAGACCCCAGAUUACGCAGGUCGAACGCCUCUUCUUUGUGCUGCUAUCACGGGUCAAUGUAGCGCUAUUGAAUUAUUGCUUGAGUGGAAAGCAGACGUGCGUGCCGUCGACUGUAAUAAGAAUACAGCGCUUCAUUUAGCUUGCGAAAGACAACACUCCGCCGCUGCUUUGCUGCUACUAAAUUGGCUCGAUUCGCUUAAUUCGAGCGGUGAAAAUACAUCCCUGCUGCAACAACAACAACAACAUAUAGCUGUUAUUAACAUGACCAAUGAACAUCAAAGAACCCCAUUACAUUUAGCAGCAAGAAAUGGACUUGUAGCAGUGACACGACGUUUAUUACAAUUAGGAGCAAGCGUUGUAGCGGUAGAUAAAGAGGGACUUACACCUGCAUUGGCCUGUGCUCCAAAUCCAGCCGUUGCACGAUGUUUAGCUACCAUCCUUGCUGUACACGAUCAAAAUUGGGAAGUUGCACAAAAUUCAUUAUCAAUUCAACAAACAUCAGAGGUGUAUUUAAAUGGUAGAAGUGGCGACUCUCAACACAGUUCAGAUUCAGAGUUUUACUGACACCAGGCAUCUCGUGUAGAUGAUUAAACAUUGCAAACCUAAAUAUUGGCCCGAUACGCAGAAUAAUUGAUGCUAUGAGAUUAGUUUGAACGAAAUAGCGUCGAAAACAAGAUAGACGAGGAACUAUCUUGAGCUUGCAAUGAUGAAAAUUAAGUAUUUUGAAUAUACUAGGAUUAGGAGAGUACGCAGGUAAAAUUAUUGAUUGGAGAUAAACAAAAAGGCAGAAAUUUACGAAAAUAAGAAAUCGAAUGAUAGAGGGGUAUAUAAAUUUAGAUCGUAUCAAUGCAUCCAGUUAGUCAUUCGCCAUAAUAAUGCAGCUGGACCAACAUUAAAAGAACAGUAUCGAAAGAAACAUAAAUCCAGUAAAAAAUAUCAAUGCGUGUCCGGAAUUCAUAUAUAAAUGAGAAGAAGCAGAAAACAACGAACAAAAUGCAUCUUCUUUAUAUUUAAUAAUUUUCGCUACAGAUUCAAUAUAUUUGUAAAAAUUAUAUGUGAAAACUGUUACAAGAAUGUAUUUUUAAGAGGUGACUAAGAAUGCAAUAAGUAUUGCAACAAAUGAAUAACUUGAUAUUUAGUUUUGUCAAUUUGAUAUAAUUGCAAAAGACUUAAUAAAAAUUAGUAUAUUUGUA